CAGUAUUCUUCUCAUCUACUACCACAUUAUUUGACGAUGCCCUUAAGGAAUUACGAGAAUUAGUUAAGAUCACGCUUAAAGAACAGGGUUUUACUGGCAUUCUCAACACCACUACUUCUACUUUCAAUAAAAAUGAUUUGCGAACGCUAAAAGUGAGCUUCAAGCCAGCUCUCAAAUGCGACGUCCUCCCUUGUGAUGCAGAAGAAAUUUUGGACAAUCAGGCCAAAGUAUUCUUAACCGAUUUACAUGAAGUUAUUAAGAAUUUAAGUAAUGAUGAAGGCACAGAAGAAGCUGUGACUGACACGCUGAUAACAAAUCUGCUAGUUCAUGUUGCUGGCAUGCAUUACCAUCCCUUGAGAGUUAG